UCCCAUAAUGUAAGUGACUUCCGGGUAAAGAACGUGAUAGCAAUAAUUAACUUACUUAGGUUAUUUUAACAGAGAAAAUCAAAAUUAAAAAUCAGUGAUGUCGAAUGAAGUGACUGCGGAAACUUAUAUCCGCAAGCUACCAUACUCUGCAAUACUCAAGAUCGUGAAUUUCUUAGAACCUGAUCAGCUUUGGAAGAGGUUUUUAUGUCAUGUCCCCAAACGACUGGAUGACGAGAAUUUCGAGGAGCGGUACAGUACAUCUCAGGCCAAGAUGAUCGAGAGCAGAGCAGCUAAGCCUGGCACCUAUGCCACUAGAAUCAUUCUUGAAGACUGGGGAACACAAAAUGCUCGAGUGAAACAUCUCAUCAAAGCCUUGACAAAAGCUCGGCUGUAUGCAGCUGCAGACUAUCUAGCUGUUGUUCAGCUCAAAGGCAGCCCAGUACCGCGAGAAGAUGAACCUAUCUUAUCACCAGUGGGACCGUGUUCACUUACUCCUAAUGAACAGAAAAAUCUGGAGAACAGAAGCUUUGAAAAGAGGGAACUAUACAAUAAAGCUAAGAUGCCCGAUUCAGCCCCAGUUCUACCAGACAGUACCACAGACGGUGACACACGGACAAGUUAUAGUAGUGAGGACUUUACCAGAGAAGGCUCCAGCUCGUUAAACCAUCGCACGCCUUCUGAAUGUUCAGAGGACAGAGUAUUGGUUAACAGAAUCGAGUCUUAUGAUAGUGGAGAGAGAACACCUGAUCUGAAUGCCCCGCCUUGUUCAGUAUCCACAGACAGACACACAUCUAAGCCCUUAUCAACAGUCUACAGACCCGGAUCUCAAGCUAUUAACUUUUCUGUGCUCCAGUUUCACACCAACAACUUUGAUGAGAGACCUGCUUCACAAGGGGGCAGUGUUAUAGGAAGGGGAGGGUUUGGAACUGUGUAUAAAGCCAGAUUUCAAAAUAACUAUGUUGUGGCUGUCAAGAGACUUAAGGAUCCUGAAGAUCCAGUGAUGCUUAAGCAGUUUGAAACAGAACUGAAAACAUUAGCUGCUUAUCAUCAUGAAAAUAUUGUCGAGCUUGUUGGGUACUCCAUUGACGGCCCUGAGAAAUGUUUAGUUUAUGAAUUCAUGCCCAAUGGCUCUCUGGAGGAUCGACUUCACUGUCUGAAUGGGACCCCUCCCUUGUCCUGGCAGUUAAGACUUGAUAUUGCAUACGGCACAGCCAAAGGAAUAGUGUAUCUGAAUGACAAUGGGUUAGUUCACAGGGACAUAAAAAGUGCAAAUGUUUUACUGGAUGAAAAAUUUGGGCCAAAAGUUGGUGACUUUGCCACAGCACGGCUGGCACCCUCUGGCAGCAGUACCACUGUGGCCUCAACUAAACUAGUGAUAGGAACCUCAGCAUACAUGGCCCCAGAGGCCAUCAGGUUUGACAUCUCAGCUAAACUGGACUCCUUUGCAUUUGGAGUGGUGUUACUAGAGAUCUUAACGGGUCUGCCACCCAGUGAUAACAGUCGUGAGGACACUGACCUAUAUAGCCAUGUAUUGGAGAACGCUGAGGACAGUAUCGCCCAACUCCUGGACCACAGCGCAGGACCUUGGUGUCAUCAGACGGCAGACGACCUCUAUCACAUAGCCCUCCGCUGUCUGAAGGACAGGAAAAGGGAGAGAGUGCAGGUCAAGGACGUACUAUGUGACCUUCAAAGACUGCUGGCAGGACCCAGUUAAUAGCCUGAUCAUUUGAACAUUGUGUUAAAAAAUUAAUGUACCUUAUUUCCAUGUUUGUGUCAAAUUUAUGUAUCCCCGUGUCUGACACACUGGCCUGGAUUCUAUCCCAGGACCCUUCAACCCAGGGACUAGGUCUGGUUGUCUCCCCUCACACCAAGACAGUGAAAAAAUAUAUCUUUGGUGGAUUUCAUGCGGGCUGUGAUAUGCCAAUUUGAUAUCUAAAUUAAUCUGUUGAACAGAUUAAACUUUCCUUGAAAGUGUAACUAUUUAUACUGAUUCAAAAGGCCUGUACAUCUAUAUGUAUUUAUGAAAGAAACACAUGUUUAUUCGUCUCCCAGUGAUGAAAGCUUUAGUAUUUGUUUCCAAAUGAAGGCAAUAUGACUUUGUUAAAGUUAAACAGUAGAAUUUAUUGCAUUGUUGUUAUUUUUUUCUGAAUAAGUAAAAUUAGAUGUCAGCUAGUCAAGAUUUUGCAGAAUACAGUUGUACAAUGUAAAGUGUGUUGAAUAUACUAGUAGACGAAUAUAUCAUUUGUGCACACCAUUACAUUUCUUGGAAAGAUAAAUUUGUGUUUGAAAUCUCA